AACGGAAGCAGCGAAAGGCAUUGUGGGGUUUCGGCCAUUUCCGAGCAGAAGGACAAGGAGGUCAUACACACACAGUCCAAACAUGUUCCGUGCCGUACAGAGAGCGAGUCGAUCAUUGCACUCUGUUGCUGUCCAAACUCUGAGGAAACCGGCAAUCGCUUCAGUUGGUGUGCGUCACUCACAUGGAGUACAGGAGAGUGAUGAGGAGUUCGAUGCUCGGUAUGAAUCGUACUUCAACAGAUCAGACAUUGAUGGUUGGGAAGUUCGCAAGGCCAUGAAUGAUUUACAGGGUUAUGACCUGAUCCCUGAGCCCAAGAUCAUUAUUGCAGCAUUGAAAGCUUGUCGCAGAAUAAAUGAUUAUGCCUUGGCUGUCAGGUAUUUGGAGGCUAUCCAGGACAAAUGUGGCAACAAAGUGAAGGAAAUCUGGCCAUACAUCAACCAACAGAUCGACCCCACCCUGAAGGAGCUUGGUAUCCUCACACCUGAAGAAAUGGGCUAUAACAAACCAGAACUGGCUCUGAAGGAUGUAUACGAUAUGUAGAUAUUUAGGGUGCAAGUAUGAUCCAGGUCUCUUUGUUAUGUUGAACAGAACUUGAAGAAAUUCCAUUGCAAGGAUACUAUUCAUCAACGGACAUGAUAGUGACUGUUUUGUGUGAAUGUAUGCUAUUUAAAAAAACAAUAAAAUCAUAUACUAGUUA